CAUCCGCUGAUAGAUCGAUCGAUGCUGCUCUCACCCAAUUCAUGCUGUUAUGCUUAAUUUUUUUUCAACGCAUGCGUUUCAUGGCAAUAACAGCUGUAAUUUUUGUUUCCAUUCAUAAACAACAGUACAAAAUUAGCACGUGUUUAAUUUUUAAAAAUUUUUGAAAUUUUUUUUCCAUAUCGUUUAAAAUAAUGAAAUUUAUUGCAUUAUUAAGUGGUGGAAAAGAUUCCUGUUAUGCAAUGCAUUUAAUUGCAUCCAAUGAAGACAAUGAAUUGGUCGCCAUUGCCAAUUUAAAACCAUCGGAAUCUGGCAAAGAAAUCGAUUCAUAUAUGUAUCAGACUGUUGGUCAGGAUGUUUUAGAGCUGCAAGCAAAAGCUUUGAAUGUUCCACUGUAUCAACGAGUGAUUCGUGGUAAACCAGUAAAUCAAGCAAUGGAAUAUAAUUCACCCGUUGUGGGUGAUGAAGUUGAAGAUCUUUAUGAAUUACUAUCCGAUAUUCGUCAUGAUAUUGAAUUUGAUGCCGUUUCAUGUGGUGCAAUUCAUUCCAAUUAUCAACGAUUAAGAGCUGAAAAUGUUUGUUCAAGAUUAGACAUUCAACUUUUAUCACCACUUUGGGGACGUGAUCAAACUGAAUUACUACGGGAAAUGAUCGAUUCUGGUAUUGAAGCUAUUUUGAUAAAAACUGCCGCUUUAGGUUUGAAUCCAUGUCAAUAUUUAGGACGAAAAAUUGAUCAUAAUUUAUAUGAAAAAUUGGUUCAAUUAAAUCAGAAAUAUCAACUUAAUGUUUGUGGUGAAGGUGGUGAAUAUGAAUCAAUGACCAUUGGAUGUCCAAUGUUUAAAAAUAAAAAAAUCAUCAUCGAUGAAUAUCACGUUGUCGAUGAUGGCCAUGAUGAUCAAAUAGCAUCUGUAUCAUAUUUAAAACCAAUUCGAAUGCAUUUGGAAUAAUAAUAAAAUGUUUUAAUUUUUUUUCAA